CCUAUUCUAGAAAUGAUGCAGGGAGGGAUGAUGGAAAAAUGAUAAAUUAUUUUUGCUCGUUAAUGGAAAAUGUUGUCAUUUUCAAAACACAAGCAGUGCCCUAAUGUUUUGGUGACAACCGUGGAGUUUUGGAGGCUGGCUUUACCCCUCAUUGUCUCUCUUCUCUGUGUGUGCUUUUGCUUACACUGUCUCUCUGAGGCUGCGUGACCUCAAUCACGAUGGCUUCCGGUUUUGCAUGAAACCUGUGUCGGCGUGGACAGAUUGCUUAGUUCUUACCCGGGGACACACUGGUUUUGAGUGAAGAUCGUCGUUCACCGUUGUGUCGUGAAGCUCGUCGAGGUAGGGCGUGACGGUUUAUAGGUCAGUGGCUGCCUUCCUGCGGUCGCUUUCCCAGUAGCUUCAGUACACAAAACCAGCAACGGGUCUGUGGGGUAGUGGUCGUUGUUGUCAUUUUGCUUCUCCCAUCAGUUUAGUUUCUCAUCUGCCAUCGCUGUCAGUAGCCUUCCGGGAUACAAUGUUUGAUACGGGAGUGGAGGCAGACCGUGACUUAUCCGACUGGGAAGCCAGUGGGGCUUCAACUGUGCCGGGUUUUUUGGGUUUGGAAGGAUUGCAAGCCGAACAUAUCCUUGAAAUGGAGUUUUCUACACCUAAGGAGGCAAGCAACUUCUAUAACAACUACAGCCGACUAAAGGGCUUUUCCUCAAGGUGCGAUAAGAUAGUUAGAAACACUUUCGGUGAGAUUGUGAGGUACACGUUCGUUUGUAACAGGCAAGGGUUUCGAGAGAAGAAGUGGUUGGAAAAGGUUGAUCGUAAAAGGGAGCAUAAGGUUGUAACCCGAUGCGAAUGUCUUGCAGAGAUGAGGAUAAAGCGGGAAGAUGGUAGUGGGAAGUGGUACGUGUCUCGUUUCGUCGAGAAGCAUAAUCAUGAACUAGCGUUUGACAAGCUUGUGGAUUAUCUACGCUCACACAGGAAGAUAUCUGAGGUAGAAGUUGCUCAUCUAACAAGCAUGAGGGAGAUUGGGAUUAGCAUUCCAAAGAUUUAUGAGUCGUUUGCAGCACAACUUGGGGAUUUCAACUUGGUUACAUUUGCGAAGCAAGAUAUGUAUAACGAGGUGCGGAAGCAGCGAGGGCUCCAGGGUGGGGACGUAAAUGCAACUAUAAGGUACUUGGAAGGUCUGGCACGUAUGGAUGGGAGAAUGUUUUGGAGGUAUAAGGUGGGGGCAGGGCAACACCUGUGCAACUUGUUUUGGAGCGACGGUCGUUGUCAUGAAGAUUAUUCCGUGUUUGGCGAUGUGCUAGCAUUUGAUGCUACAUACGGCCGUAACAAAUAUAACCUCCCUGUUGUUGUGUUCUCCGGAGUAAACCACCACAACCAGACCUGCAUUUUUGGAACAACCAUGGUUUCAUGCGAGUCACAUGAAUCUUACAUUUGGAUCCUUUAGCAAUUUUUGGAAUGCAUGCAAGGAAAGGCACCGCAAUCUGUUAUCACCGAUGGUGACCCAACUAUGCGAUUGGCGAUUCAGUCGGUUUUUUCCGAGGCGCAUAAUCGGUUAUGCGCUUGGCACCUUUUAAGAAAUGCAACAUCGAAUAUCUAUGACCCGAGAUUCACACAACUAUUUCGACACUGCAUGUUGGCUGAUAUGGAAAUUGAUGAGUUUGAAGCGCAUUGGGCCUCCAUGAUACAUGAGUGUGGUGUUGGCGAGGUUGAAUGGGUGAAGGACUUGUACGCGAAAAAGUACGCAUGGGCAACAGCAUACAUUAGAGGUAGAUUUUUUGCUGGGGUACGGACAACUUCUAGGUGCGAAUCACUCCACGCCAAACUCGGAAAGUUUGUUGAGAGCAGGUAUGGUGUGUUGGAAUUUGUUACAAAUUUUCAGAGGUGUGUCGAUUUUCUUCGGGACAACGAGGAUGAGCUAGGAUUUCGCUCUUGGUACGGUACACCUAUUUUACAAACCGAGUUUGUUAAGUUGGAAAAGUCAGGGUGUACCAAGUUCACUCGUGAGAUGUUUGGUAGAUUUCGGGAAACCCUGAAACGUUGUGUCCGUGUGAGAAUAUCUGAAAUCAACGAAAUAGUGCACCCACAUGUAUACACUAUCCAAAAGUACCAGAGGCCUAACAUGACCUGGCAAGUCCGUAGGGAGCCUAUUUCCAAUAGCUUUAAUUGCACAUGUAUGCGGAUGGAGUCGUUUGGUAUUCCAUGUGCGCACAUUGUGGCUGUGUGUGUUAGGCUAAACUUAGGAAAACUUCCUGAAAGCCUAGUCUUGCGUAGGUGCUCCAAGACAGCGAAGAUACAUCCCAAAAAUGAAAAUAUUGAGCACUACACUACUGACCGAAGCGUGACAUAUAGAACAAGGUUGGGAGCGUUCUCACAGCUGUGCAAGCGGUUAGCCUGGGUGGCUUGCAUGAGUGAUGAUGACUUUAAGGUUUACUCGAACAAGCUUUUAUCCGAUGCGGUUUUACUUGAAAUAAAGUAUGGCCUUCGACCAGGAAACAAUGAUCACGCAACGGCAACUGAAAACGGAUUGAAGGACCCAGUUCAUGUUAGAACUAAAGGUACGGGUUGGUGCAGUCAACCCGACGCUUCUGCUACCAAGAAGAAAAGAAAGUGCAGUUCUUGCGGGAAACUCGGGCACUGAAGGACUCGAUGCCCUAACGAGGUCACGCAAGCUGCGACAACAACUCAAAAUGCCAACAAAGGAGGACAGAAACACAAGAGAGCAAAGGUUACAUUCUAAUUUAAACAUUCAUGACAUAUAUAUGGUCCGACUUAUGAUUCUUGAAGUCAAGGUAUGCUGUUGAAAGUUGAACGUCAUUGAAUUCUGUCAUAUCAAGUGUGACACGAUUAAGCCAAUCUUUCUAUUACAAUUUUCAUUUAUAGACACUUUUUCCACACCUUCGGCAUAGUAAACAUAGCUUUUUAGGAGCAUAUAUAACUGUGGUUUAUGAGAUAUCAGCAGCUAUUACAAAUUUAAAAUGGCAUUCUAAUAGUGUGAGGAACUGAAGUACGUAUUUGCUUUGUUAGUAUUUUUCCCAUUUCAUACUUCUCUGCUUGAAUUGUAAUUAAUAUAUAUCGCUUCAUGAUUAUUAGACCUGAUGUAUUGUGUGUAAAACCUGCAUGUUUAACAUUGCAACUGCAUUAUUUCUUUGUAUUGCCAAGACAUGACAAAAAUAUGUAGACAUAUGCACUGGUUGGACAGUCUUGACUCAGUCUCUGUUCGGAAUCUUUUAGAUGCGCUGGUUUAAAUGACAUGAUGUGUUAUAUUAUAUUCCUUUGCUGUUGAUGAGCGGAUAAUUUAUACGCCUUUUGGCAUUAUUUUUAGGUAUUUUCUAGUAGGAUCUAGCUACUUUUAGGGAUGUUUUCAUUAGUUUUUAUGCAAAAUUUACAUUUCUAGACUUUACUAUGAGUUUGUGUGUUUUUCUAUGAUUUCAUGUAAUUUCUGGUUGAAAUUGAGGGACCUGAGCAAAACUCUGAUAGAAGGCUAACAAAGGACUGCUGAUGCUAUUGGAUUCUGACCUUCCUACACUCGAAAUAGAUUUUAUGAAGCUACAAAACUCCAAAUGGUGCGCUCUCAACGGAGUUGAAAAGUAGACAUCCAAAGCUUUCCAGCAAUAUAUAAUAGUCCAUACUUUGUUCGAGUUUAGACAACGCAAACUGGCAUUCAACGCCAGUUUCAUGCUGCAUUCUGGAGUCAAACGCCAGAAACACGUCACAAACCAGAGUUAAACGCCAAAAACACGUUACAACUUGGUGUUCAACUCCAAAACAAGCCUUUGCACGUGUAAAGCUCAAGCUCAGCCCAAGCACACACCAAGUGGGCCCCAGAAGUGGAUUUCUGCGUCAAUUACUUAUUUCUGUAAACCCUAGUAGCUAGUCUAGUAUAAAUAGGAUAUUUUACUAUUGUAUUAGACAUCUGGGUUUUCGUCUUUUAUCUCAGCAUCCAUCUUUGGACGUUUAGUUCUUAGACUUUAGGGGCUGGCCAUUCGGCCAUGCCUGAACCUUGAUCACUUAUAUAUUUUCAACAGUGGAGUUUCUACACAUCAUAGAUUAAGGUGUGGAGCUCUGCUGUACCUUGAGUUUUAAUGCAAAGUACUACUAUCUUUUAUUAAAUUCGACUUAUUCUUAUUCUAAGAUAUUCGUUGCACUUCAACAUGAUGGAUGUGAUGAUCUGUGACACUCAUCAUCAUUCUCACCUAUGAACGCGUGAUUGACAACCACUUCCGUUCUACCUUAGAACGAGCGAGUAUCUCUUGGAUUCUCUAACUAGAAUCUUCGUGGUAUAAGCUAGAACCCUUUGGCGGUCACUCUUGAGGAUUCGGAAAGUCUAAACCUUGUCUGUGGUAUUCUGAGUAGGAUUCAGGGAUUGAAUGGCUGUGACGAGCUUCAAACUCGCGAUUAUUGGGCGUGAUGACAAACGGAAAAGAAUCAAUAGAUUCUAUUCCGACAUGAUCGAGAACCGACAGAUGAUUAGCCGUGCUGUGACAGAGCAUUUGGACCAUUUUCACUGAGAGGAUGGGAUGUAGCCAUUGACAAUGGUGAUGCCCUACAUACAGCUUGCAAUGGAAAGGAGUAUGAAGGAUUGAAAGUAAGAAAGCAGUAUAUUGCAGAGAUUCAACAGGAACAAAGCAUCUCCAUACACUUAUCUGAAAUUCCCACCAAUGAUUUACAUAAGUAUUUCUGUAUUUAUUUUAUGCUUUAUUUAUUAUUAAUUUCG